AUGAGCUUGGGCCUGGACCCUCCCCAGGUGGCUGCAGGGGGCCCCUCCCCACGCUUCAAAGGCACCUGCGCUGUGGAUGGAAGGCCGGGGAGGGAGGCGGUGGCCGCGGAGUGGGGUUUGCCUGACACCCGCCCCGGAACCCCACUUGCCCUGUCCUGGCUGCUCAUCUCUCUGAAGUGCCCGUGGCCAUUGGAUGGGUCAAGUGCUUUCUCUUUAGACUCCCCACCCCCCUCAUCCCAGUGUGCUGCUCGGGUCCGACGGCCGGCCCAGAGCGGUCGGGUUGCUACGGCUUACGGCUUGUGCACCAUUCCCGGGGGCCGCUGA